AUGUUUGCGUCGCUUGGUUCGAUCCGCGCGUGCCCCGCCGCCCCGGCGAGGACCCCGCAGUCCGUCGUGAGGACCGCGGCGCGCCCGUGCAUCAAGGCGCGCUACGCCGGCGCCAGCAAAGAAGAGCUGAAACAGCACCUGGCGGAGCUCACUGAACACGGCGUCCCGAUGGACGACAGGAGCGCGGACCUGGCCCGGAAGCUCACGGGGCAGAGCAACGUGAAGGACCCGCUGAUGCUCGGCAUGUUCAAGGUCAACGGGGUCUGGCACAUCCUCGGAAGCCAGCUCGAGUAUCUCACCAGGGGGGCGACCAUCACGCUCCAGGACUGCACGUUCGGCAUGGCGGCGCCGCACGACCUCCCGCUGAUCGUGCAGGAUGUGGCUCAGGUCCACGGGCCGCUCUCCGGCUGGGACGACGGCCUGACGCUCGACAUUUUGGUGAAGACCGACACCUUCAACGGCGCCCCGCUGGACGCCGUGUUCAAGAUCGUCGUCGAGGGGCACUUCGUCGCCGAGAGCGGCACGCACAUGCACAUCAACUACAGCAAGGUGACGGUCAAGCCGCCGCGCGACGUCGACAUGACGAAGUGGCGCGAGGUGUUCGCCGCGAACGCGGGCGCGCUGCAGCCUUCCGGCAACAUUGAGUACGUCGUGCCUAAGACCAAGGAUGGUUGGUGCAUGGGGGCGUGGUGCGCCGCGGACGGGAGGAAGCCCAGCUACGACAUCGUGUACUUGGACGACGAGAUCAAGGUGCUGCAGGGGUCGGACGGGGCGAUGACGGUGAUGUCGCGCGACAGGCUGCUGGCGGAGGACAGCGCGUGGCACGUGCUCACCGACUUCGACAAGUGCCAGCACUACGACAUGUGA